GCCUAUUUGUUGUAAAGACUGUCGGGCCAACUAUAAAAAGCGACCACAAAACGAAAAUUUUAGUUGUGCCAGUGCUGCAGCCGAAAUUGUUGUGAAAUAAAUUCUAGUCGUACACGAAAGCCGGUGCGUUAAGUGCUUUGUAAUCUAAAGUGAAUUGUUCUAAAUAUAAAGUAAAAUAUUUUCAAUAAUUAAAAGUGUGAAAAAUUAUCAACAAAAUGGCUAAUCCCAAUGAAGUACCAAAAUAUACACAGAUUUUCAUCAACAAUGAAUUCGUCGACGCAGUCUCGGGUAAAAAGUUUCCCACUGUCAAUCCUGCAACUGGUAAAGUGAUAGCCGAAAUUGCUGAGGGUGAUAAGGCUGACGUAGACUUGGCUGUAGCUGCCGCAACGAAAGCCUUCCAUAGGAACUCCGAAUGGCGCAAACUGAGCCCACUCCAACGCACAGAGCUGAUAAACAAACUCUGCAGUCUCAUGGAACGCGACAAGUACAUUUUGGCUAGUCUGGAGACUCAGGACAAUGGCAAGCCAUUCGCAUCGGCCGUUGGUGAUGUAAUGUUCGCCAUUAUGUCACUGAAAUAUUAUGCUGGCUGGACCGAUAAGUAUUUCGGCGAUACCAUACCCGGUGGUGACUUUGUUGUACAGACACGUAAGGAACCCGUCGGUGUGGUUGGUCAAAUCAUUCCAUGGAACUAUCCCUUGGUUAUGUUGGCCUGGAAGUGGGCACCCGCGCUCACUGUCGGUUGCACGAUUGUCAUGAAACCAGCUGAACAGACACCACUUACUGCCCUUCACAUGGCUGCCUUGUCUAAGGAAGCUGGUUUUCCUGAUGGUGUUAUCAAUGUUAUACCCGGCUAUGGCCCCACCGCUGGUGCAGCGAUAUCAGAACAUCAUGAUAUACAAAAAGUCGCCUUCACAGGUUCUGCAGAAAUUGGACGCAUCAUUAUGCAGGCGGCAGCUAAGUCGAAUUUGAAGCGUGUUACGUUGGAACUGGGUGGCAAAAGUCCAUUUGUGGUCUUCGACGAUGUUGAUGUUGACAAAGCAGUGCAGCUUACGCACGACGCAAUUUUCCCCAAUGCAGGUCAGACUUGUUGUGCCGGCACACGUACCUAUGUGCAUGAGAAGAUCUACGAUGAAUUCGUUACAAAAGCCGUUGCUUUGGCUAAGACACGUAAAAUAGGUAAUCCCUUUGAGGAGUCAACUAAUCAUGGUCCACAAAUCGAUGAGGAAAUGAUGAACAAAGUUUUGGGUUAUAUUGAAAUUGGCCAACAACAGGGUGCCAAAUUGCAAUGCGGUGGCAAGCGUGUCGGCAAUGUCGGUUACUUCGUCGAACCAACGGUGUUCUCCGAUGUUACGGACAAAAUGAGAAUUGCACAAGAAGAGAUUUUUGGGCCGGUUAUGUCUAUCCUGAAAUUUAAUGACAUUGAAGAGAUCAUUGAUCGUGCCAAUGACGUGGAAUACGGCUUAGCCGCCGGCGUCCUAACCAACGACAUCAAUAAGGCGACGAAAUUCGCAAACAAUGUAAAUGCCGGCUCCGUUUGGGUCAAUUGCUACAGCGCUGUGCUACCUCAAGCACCAUUCGGCGGCUACAAACAAUCUGGCAUCGGACGUGAGAUGGGUCGCGAUGGUUUGAACAAUUAUUUGGAGACCAAAACUAUUACCAUGAAAAUAGUCUAAGUCAAUGUUUAACUUUUUCCACAUUUAUACAUAUUUAAUGUUAUCAUAUAUAUUGUUAUACACGCACACAGUGGUUAAGAGCUCUAAAAAAAUCCAUAUAAAAAUCAAUAAAUAACAUUUUAAAUAAUA